GAAUAGAAGAGACAGCUGAUAUCUCUGAGCAUACCUAAAUCGUAACCGAAAUUCAGAGAUGGGUAAGUGCUGGAAAAUUAUAUUUAUUACAGACUUCGCUUAUGAGAGGUCGCUAUAUCGAUGAAUUUCCGGGUGGCGAAUAGUCCUCUCCUUCACGGCACGAUCACUAGUUAAUCUUUAGCUAAGGGAUUUCAUUAGAGAUAUUUAAUCUUAAAACUUAGUCAAAUGGGAAUCUGACAUUUUAAUUCUAGUCCACCUUCCUAUCAGAUUAAUGUUUUUGUUUCCUCUUUUAUUUGCUUGCGUGUUUGAUUUUUUCGCCUGAGCGCGCAUUACUAGUGAAGUCCAAGAUUUAAAUUUCUGAACUCAAAUUUUUUUAAGAAUUGUGUGCGAAUCUUUUUAAGUUUUUUGCCAAACAUGUCCUUGAUGUUGAACUUGCCGGUGAAACAACCUUUUAUAAAGUUUUUCCUCGUAACUUUCGCAUAGUUAUUCAACAACAUCGACUUGCAAUUACUAGUAUUGCAUAACUUGCAAAAUAUUGUAUGGAAAAUUCAGGCUCCGAAAUUCCAAGUUGCAGCGGCAAGAAUGAUGUAAUUGUUGUACACCAGGUCACUUGACCGUGAAAUGAAAUGAACAUACAAGUAAUCAUGCAGUUUUCUUCAGUUAUUACCUUAUCACAUUUGCAAUGAUUGCGUGACACAGUCCCAAUCUUGUAUUAUUAGACCAUAACAAUCUGUGAGAGAUUUCGCGACUUUUAGGUCUUUAGUGGGGAGGGGGUGUGGAAAAAUUGAUUUGGGGAUCACGUUAUUUUUUUUAGGGGGAGAACGGAGGGGGGAAUCAGUUGUCGCUAGCAGAGUAUAGAGGGGGACAGUUAAAAAAUUGACUGCCAACUAGCUGUCAAUAACGGGGGAUAUCAUUAAUUUUACACAGACAAAAUCCUUCCACCCCUCCCCCCCCCAGACAAUGAUUAACAACCGGUCUCUAACUGUUGAUAAUACACCUUCGGGCUGUUCAGGCACGUGAUAUCCAUAUUUGGCCUCUUUUCCCUUUCGCGAGGCUUUUUCUUGUGUAUAAGACUCGGCGUCAAGCAGAGGGAAAAACCCCGACUCUGAAACUCCAAUUUGCAGUGGCAAGUUGGAUGUACUUGUUGUGUAUCAGGUCAUUUGAGCAUGAAGUCAAAAUGAAUAUACAAGUAAUCAUGCAGUUUUCUACAGUUAUCAUUCUAUUAUAUUUGCAAUAAUAGCGUUUCACGGUGACUGUAACAAUCUGUUUAUAAAACUUCCUCUGACUGCUUCUAUAUUUAGCCUCUUUUCGCUUUCGUAGGCCUUGGUCAUGCGUAAAUGACUUCGCAUCUUAGCAGCACAAAUGUAGAAAGUUAACUCAUUCCCUCUGUUGAAUAAACUAUCCUCCAGCCGAGGUCGACAAUCAGUGUCCCAAGCUGAUGUUUAUCCACUAGAUGCACAAUUUUUCAUCGCAUGAAGUCCCAUUAUUAUUUCAUUGAACACUCUUCGCCGGAAUAAUAUCACUCAGAAAUUGUUAAUAUCUCUGACUUUUGAUGUCGCUACAGAUUGUUUCAUCGACGCGAUCGAUGCAAAACAUCAGUUAACCGAGUCCGUCAUCCAUACACUGCGACUGCCUGAGAAAAUUGGAGACAAGUGGAAGGACUUAGCAAGAAAACUGGGCUACAUUGAAUCCGUCGUUAAUGCAAUUCAAACUGAGGAAAAUAACAUUCCAAAGGAAUGUUGCAUCACUGUCCUUGUACGAUGGAUGGAACGAGAAGCAGAGGGUGCCACUGUCGAAAGGCUUGCACAAGUUUUAACGGAAAUAGAACUGAAGAAUCUCUCCCGAUUACUAAAAGGUAGGAGACCGUGAAAAGGCAUAAGACAAUUUAUUAUAUAGGUGGUUACGCCCGUAGGCAAGAUGAAGUGAACCUAUGUGCUGAUUGGCUACCCAAGCAGGCAAGAUAGGCACCCCCUUGACUACUCGAUCGGGAUUGCGCCGUUUUGAUCCCGCGCCAGAAGGUUUUUUAAAAAUUUGCGUGGAGCCGACUUACAAACUCUCUAAUUUUUGGACAAUGUCGUUAAUAGAGAUGCAAAAAGCGGCAGAAGACAAUCAAUGCGAUUUAAGUCAAUUUAAGCUCAGUUAAAAUCUCAUGGCAAAAUUUCCUCAAUGCAUGUAAUACUUUUUCGUAGAUCACGCAUUGUGUGUCGAAGUGGAUGUAGUUGGAUCAGACGAUCGAGGCCAAGUAAGUCCUUAAAAUUAUAGAAAUAAGUCCUUAAAAUUAAAUAAAAUUGGAUAAAAAGUGUAAGCUUCCUGAAUAUUUGACCGAAUCUAUACCACAAUACCAUCGGUAGGCUUAAACCGAAACAAUGCAACCUGGCAUACAGACGUGCGCAAAACCUGUCUUUAAGGAGAGUUUGAAGGUAUUUGUUGAAAAUAAAGGGUUCGGAGCCGCUAAAUUUCAAGUUCUCCUUUCGACACCCACCCGGUUUAUCCGCACAUUUGUACGCGAGGCUAAAUUGAAUGUUGAAAUUGAAAGUUGGCAAAAAGUAGCUUAUUCAAACUAGCUAAACCUGUGUAUCGUUCUUUAUUUCAGGUUGACAAAUUGCAGAAGAAAAUAAUUGAAAUACAAGCAAACGCGAAGCAAUUGGAGGAGGAGGUGGCGAAAUAAUUCUUAAUUGACUGUUAAGCUUUUGGAGAGUGAGCGAAUUAACUGAAAAUCCAUUUCUGUUUGUAUUUUUCUAAAGAGUUCCAAAGUGAAGGCAAAAAUGAAAGAAUUAGAAGAAAAACUUGCAGUGACGACACAGGAAAAGCAAAUCCUCGAAGAACGAGUGAGUUUUAAUGAAAUCACGUAUCUUAUGCGAUCGCCGUUUAUCUCCAGGACUUCUGGACUAUAUCUAUUCACUGAAUGGCUGAAACGAGAGUCAAAAUAAAGGAGGUAAAAGGUAAAAGGUAAACAGUGCAGACAACGUCCAGGCUCACGAUGAAAUUGAAUUUGCUAUUAAUACCUGACUUCAUUGAACAACGUAGCCUCUGACGUAGCCAGGCGGGAUGGUCUAAGGGCACCCGAGGGAUGCGAGAAGAAUGUGGAUUAAUCAGAAAGCUGCUCCGCAACUUGCCGUGAUGUGCUCGCCAGUUGGGCUAAUUUGCCUGUAUAAUUCUUACAAAAAGCAAGUGAAUGAAUCUCUUUACUCAAAGCUAAUUGUUUGCUUUUAUGACACAGUGCCAGAAAAUGCAAGAGGUAAACUCAGAACUGGUAAAGGAACUGCGAGAUUUCAAACAGAAGAUCCAAGCCGAGAGUUCUAAACAGGUAGGAAAAUGAUUUAGAGGCUACUAGGGUCACUAGGUGUUUAUAGAAUUAACUCUGAGGGUAACAUAAUAUCAUUUACUUCGGCAUGGACGCCAGCAGGAUUUUUCAGUUGGCGGUCGGUCCUACAUUAUGUCUUAUUGGCAUUUGAAGGCAUGUCAGGCUGUCUUGGGAACCAGUCCUCAGUUAUAGCCGGGAAGGGGGGAGGGGAGGGGGGAGUUGAGGAUUGUCGGGGAGCACGUGGUUUUUAGGGGAAUGGAGGGGGGACCACUUAUCACCAACAGAGAUUAAAGGGGGGUAUAGAAAAUCAACUGUUAGAAAGGAAGGGUAAUAAGAAUAUCACAGAGCCUAAAGGGUGGAUCAGGAAAAUUUUAUCAUGAGACACCCCCACCCCCCUCCUGCGAUAGAUAAAAGCCGCCCCCUUUAUAGUAAAAACUUUCACUUCCUUUUAACAAAAGUAGUGGUGGACCUUACUUCUUUUCUAUUUUAAGAUUUACCCCUUAGAAUGAUUUCUGUGCACCACCAUUCCUUCAUUAAAAAUGGACGUUUAAUAUCACAGUAGAGAUCAGACUAAUAAAGAACGAGAGAUCGCUGUUCAGUUGAGGCUUCUCAGUGAACGACUCUACGAGGGCGUGAUAUCUCCGCUGCAAGUUUCGGUAAUGAUAUUGUGCACCACCAUUCCCUCACUGAAAAUGGGCGUCUAACAUCGCUUUCUGUUUUCUUCGUAGGAUGUCAAAACUGGUUUGGAUUCACCACGAGAGGAGGAAUCACAAAACACCAGAGAUGAGACUAAUACAGAACAAGGGAUCGUUGUUCAGCUAAGGCUUCUCAAUGAACAACUCAUCGAGCGCGUGAUAUCUCCGCUGCAAGUUCCAGAAGUAAAAGAGGACAAACUUAAGACUUCUGUCAUGGUAGACCUACUGAUCAGACUGAGUAUGACGCUGCAAGAGUUAUACAGCACCACUCUGUCCAUGGUUACCAAGUCCUGCAAAUGCAGCGAGGAUGUGAAACGCGAAUUUUAUGACUUCGCGUAUCAUGGUCUACGAGCUGAGCACAACGAUUUGAUGCACCGAGUGGAGGAGUUAACAUCAGUCGAAAAAGAAAUGACAGGCGAGGAGCAAAGCGAACUUUCUAAACUGAGAGAGCUCCAGAGUAACCGACAAAGGCUGGUUGAUAGAUUGGAGAAUCUGUGGAGAAGUCUGUUCUUACCGGUAGGGAUACACGAUUUGUUUAAAAUAUGAAAAUCAUGUUUCUCAAAUAGCUCACAUCACUCAUGUUAGAAAGAAAGAAAUCCUGAGAUCUCCAAACAGGGGUCGAAUCUACACAACUUUCUAUUUCUUCUUCAGUGCUCUGAACUGUCGCCGCACGAUGGACGUCUCUCUAAAUUUUCAACGGACCAAAAAGAUCGUAGGAAUGGCAUCAACAGUUUUGCAUGUUUUCUCUUUAUGACUCAGUAACGUCCUUUACUUGUUUAUAGCAAAUAAACCAGCAAAAAAACAAACAAAGAAACGAUCACCAAAGAAACAAAGGAAUAAGCUGAUAGGAUAGGUGAACGAAAAAGCAUAGAAAUUAGGGAAUGUACAGCUACCAGGCAUACAUAGACUUGGGUAAGUUCGCGACCGAAAAUUCGAACACUGACAUUGUGAUCACAAAUAAGUUGUGCACUCACGAUGAAAUCAGAAACUAAAACUCUGGCGCAUAAAAUGAUUCACAUUUGUGAAAAGAAAUUAUUUGUGUGUCUUCUUUAAACUUCAGUAUGAGAGUCGUCCAAAAGUAACAUGCUCUGAACCCUAUGGAGCAAGUGGAUGUUCUGCUGACUCUGAAAAGGUGAGAUAGGUUUAGCAGCGAAUCACUUUACCUUCUCAUGUUUACUCGUACCUUACUCCGAAGAACCUUUCCUCCGUCUUUUUCGUUUCCGUCGUCCCCGAGCAGUUUGCCACGUCAACAAUGACCAUUUUUAUUCGCAGACAAGCCAAAGGACACUGGGUUUUUUUUUUUAAAUUUUUUUAUUAAUUGGUUUGUUUGUCUGUUUAUUUUCAUAUUUACCUUGAAAUGCCACUCAAAGUUUAAUUACAGAUCUACUGAGAACAAAAAAGUGGCAAAAUGGUUUGGAAACUUUAAGAAACCUCGAGGCAGAAUUACUACCUGAGCUUCCUUACUAAAAUACGUUUUGUUACAAGAAUUAAUUUAUCAGUGAUCACGAGAGAGAUCAUGGAAAAACGACGGCAAACACUGAAUAAAACUUCAGCCAGGCUUUUUCAAAAGGAGUGUCGUCACUGUGUCAAGCAGUUCUCACCAGUUUUCCUUUUACUUAAAAAGGAGUUACAAAGGAGGCUACACCAUUGAACUUAUAAUAGCAAGAAAGGAAGAAGCGAAAGAUGUUAGAAUUUAGUUAUCAUGUAUCCCCUCAACUUUCCCUUAUCCCUUUAACACCCAUGAGUAACCAAGACAUAAUUUCUCCUUACAAUGUCAAUGCAAUAUCAAGCAGGUAAGUGACGAGAAUGAAGAAAUUAUCAAUUAAAGGAUUUUCAGUUGAUCCGAUACCAAAUUCUCCCAAACAACAUCGUAGUAAUUGUAUGACAGACGCCAAGGAGAAUUACCAAUGAGAUCCUGGGGAUGAAAGGGUUAAAAGAGUUAAAAGUUACAACACAUACUGAAUUGUGAACCCAAUUCUUUGAAUAUCUGGAUUAGCGUAUGAAGCUUACGUGUAGCCGUACCUCCCCCCCCCAAAGGUAAAGCCUUAUGGGGGAAAGGUAAGGCCACACGUAGGCUAUAGCGUAUGAAGAAUGUCUAACUAGAAAAGGGAGAAGACCAUUAAAAUUUUAAGUAAUGUUAGACUUUUUCCUCUGAUACUUAGAACUUGCAACGAUACCAUUCAUAUCCACGUGAACAGAACACAAGCACAACGGCAGCUACAACAAGCGACGACGAAACACAUGAAGGGUGUAUCCCAAAUCCAGUGAGUAAGGCCCUAACACAUUACCAGGGCCACUGAGCUGUGACUUAUGGGCAUGCGCUAACUUCCCAGUCCUCUAUUGUUUUUCUGCCAAAAUUUUAAUUCUCAUGAAAAGUGAUCCUUUUUUUUUCCUUGCAGUUCAAGGGGACAAAGUUGAAGAACCCUUUCAAAAGAAUAGGAAGUCAACAUAACUCAUGUCGCCUGGUGUCCUACUCUGUAAAAGACCCCCAGGGGUUCCGUUUAAAUUGAACGAGUAGUUAACAAAAAUUUAACCAGCUUGUCGUCGCUUACAAAGUCUUAUUGUAGCAGUUCCUAGAUCUUAGAGGAGAGCUAAAAUGGCGUAGAUAUACGUAGUUAUCGUAUUUUAGCCAGAGCAGGUUUAAACAUGAUGAAGAUUCUCGCAACAAACACAUCCCGUCGAGAAAUGAGGACUUAGAAGCAUACGGGAUAACCUGGACACGACUUCCGUUGCCUGAGCUGUCGAGCGCGCCAGGAAAACUGGGUCGAACCCUUCAAGUCGAGGCUUAUCGCAAAAGACUAUUUUGUGACAAAUUCCCAUCUCUCAAAAAGAGAAACUUCUAGCACGACAUUAUCACCAGCCAAAUCAAACGCGGGUAACUUCUCCAGAGCCCCGUUUUCACUUUUAACAGGCAGUGACGCUUCCACUCUUUAUGCGCUUACUUUUGUCAAAGUUAUCUUUCCCAUUCUACAAUACAUUACAAUAUUCUUUAUUUAACGAAGGUGACGUAAUUAACCCAGUAAGUUAUCUAACUUACGGCCUUCACAGCAGUACAAAGACGUUAUGACUGAUCAGCAAAACGACUUACUACGAGAGAAACUAAAACUAGAAAUUGUAUGGUUUAACACUGAUACCUUGAUUCUCUUCAGCUUCUGGCUGACGCGCGGAACAUAUCUUUAGUCAAAAGCAUCAAUGCAUGGUAUGAAAGGAGGCUAAUUCCAUAUUUGAAGAAUCUAUCAAUUAAAAUUUUUGACAUUUUGAAAUUGCAAUUAGUUUUUCAUAUAUAGCAUGGGAACUUUACAAGAUUUGUAGAUCAUCGAAUUUUCUGAAAUGAAAAUUUGGGCUUUUAUAACAGUUGUAGAUAAAUACAUAUUUGUAAAAGUUAAAAGGUAUCCUUUUUUCGGGAUCCAUUGAAUUCACGCGUAAGAAUAAUAUACUUGUACUAUACUUAUAGGACUUUCAAAUGUGAAAACAUUGUAAAUUGUAUAUAAUAUCCAUUAUUUUAACAACCCUGCGUUUUGGCUUAUUUAUCGCUACAGCAUGAGAUCAUCUACUCCAAUGAAACCUUGAAAAUAGCACAUUAGGUAUAUCGAUAAAAUAUGUUUGCUCUGAAUUUCUUAAAGUUUGAUUUAGCGUAGGGUCUGUUAUGUGAUCGAGCCUUGUAUCCUCACCCUAUAGGGAAUUCGAAAGACGUCAUCAGUUUUUAAACUCCAGCGGCCAACAUCCCUUAAAAUUUGACUUUUUCGCACGUUUUUUUUUGUUAUGGUGUUUUCCAUUUCGAGAGUAGAACUGUUUCAAAUUUUUUUACUACGUUUUUCACGCAACUCUAAAAUGCCGGCUGAGAAUGCCACGCAUGUAAAAUUAUUUUAAGAUUUUUUGGCCAGCGUAAAAGUUUGUCUCUU